GCCCGGUGCCCGGCAGUCUGCGGGCGCUGCGGAGCGAGCGCGGCCAUGGCGGCGGCCCCGGCGGAGGCGGAGACCCGGCAGCGGCUGCUGCGCACCGUGAAGAAGGAGGUGAAGCAGAUCAUGGAGGAGGCUGUGACAAGGAAGUUUGUGCAUGAGGACAGCAGCCACAUCAUCUCCUUUUGUGCCGCCGUGGAAUGCUGUGUGCUGUUCGGGCUGAAGCGGAGGGCGGCCGGGUUCCUGCGCAGCAACAAGAUCGCAGCGCUCUUCAUGAAGGUGGGCAAGAGCUUCCCCCUGGCAGAGGAGCUCUGCAGGAAGGUGCAGGACCUGGAGCAGCUCAUUGAGAACGCGAGAAACCAGGCCCAGGGGGUCCCGGAGAACGUGCGCAAGGUGCCGAAGAUGCCCAACCUGUCUCCUCAGGCCAUCAGGCACCUCUGGAUCCGCACAGCCCUCUUCGAAAAGGUCCUGGAUAAAAUCGUGCACUACCUGGUGGAGAACAGCAGUAAGUACUAUGAGAAGGAGGCUCUCCUGAUGGAUCCCGUGGAUGGGCCAAUUCUAGCAUCUUUAUUGGUGGGGCCCUGUGCACUGGAGUACACCAAGAUGAAGACUGCUGACCACUUCUGGACAGACCCUUCUGCAGAUGAGCUGGUCCAGAGGCACAGGAUCCACAGCUCCCACUGCCGCCAGGACUCGCCCACCAAGCGCCCGGCGCUCUGCAUUCAGAAAAGACAUUCCAGUGGCAGCAUGGAUGACAGGCCAUCCCUGUCUGCCAGGGACUACGUGGAGUCCCUGCACCAGAAUUCCCGAGCCACGCUCCUGUACGGCAAGAACAACGUCCUGGUGCAGCCGCGAGAUGACAUGGAGGCAAUCCCAGGAUAUCUGUCCCUUCACCAGACUGCUGACAUCAUGGCACUGAAGUGGACCCCCAACCAGCUGAUGAAUGGCUCCGUGGGGGACCUGGACUAUGAGAAGAGCGUGUACUGGGACUAUGCCAUGACCAUUCGCCUGGAGGAGAUUGUGUAUCUGCACUGCCACCAGCAGGCAGUAGACAGUGGUGGCACGGUUGUCCUGGUGAGCCAGGAUGGCAUCCAGAGGCCACCUCUGCGCUUCCCCCGUGGAGGACACUUGCUGCAGUUCCUGUCCUGCCUGGAGAAUGGCCUCCUGCCCCACGGACAGCUGGAUCCACCCCUCUGGUCACAGCGGGGAAAGGGAAAGGUGUUCCCCAAACUGAAGAAGAGAAGCCCCCAGGGCUCCUCCGAGUCCGCGUCCGACAAGGAAGAUGACGAAGCCACGGAUUAUGUCUUCAGGAUCAUCUACCCUGGGACACAGACAGAGUUUGUUGCCAUUAAUGGUGCUUUUCACCCACUCCUUGCACCUGUGACUGCUGGGAGAGGGAAGAUCAUGAAGAUUCCAGCUGGAAGCAAGAUGGUGGUGAUCCCCAAAUGGUGUCUGAGUCUCCCUGGCAGAUCCCGAGCUCUCCGUGCUGCUCUGGGCACCUCUUGGCAUCAGUUGCCCCAGGACCUGAUGGAUGCUCCGGGGGCUGUCCUGCCCCCCAUGUGGCAGCCCAGCACCCGCAAAUCCUCCUGCUCCUCCUGCUCCCAGAGCGGCUCCUCCGACGGGGGUCCGGCCAACGGGUGCAGCCACGAGAGAGCUCCACUGAAGCUGCUGUGUGACAACAUGAAGUACCAGAUCCUGUCCCGGGCUUUCUAUGGAUGGUUGGCUUACUGCAGACACCUGUCCACGGUGAGGACCCACCUGUCGGCGCUGGUGAACCACAACAUCGUGUCCCCUGAUGUCCCCUGCAGCGCCAGCGCGGGGCUCACCGUGGACAUCUGGCACAGAUACCUGCAGGACAGCUCGAGUUACGAGGACCAGGAGCUGCUGCGGCUGAUCUACUACGGCGGGAUCCAGCACGAGAUCAGGAAGGCUGUGUGGCCCUUCCUGCUGGGCCAUUACCAGUUUGGGAUGACAGAGGCAGAGAGGAAGGAGGCUGACGAGCAGACCCGGGCGUGCUACGAGCACACCAUGGCAGAGUGGCUGGGCUGCGAGGCCAUCGUCCGGCAGCGCGAGAAGGAGUCGCACGCCGCAGCCCUGGCCAAGUGCUCCUCGGGGGCCAGCCUGGACUCCCACAUCCAGAGGAUGAUGCACAGGGACUCGACCAUCAGCAACGAGUCCUCACAGAGCUGCAGCUCCGGCCGGCAGAACCACGCCCGGCUGCAGAGCGACUCCAGCUCCAGCACCCAGGUGUUUGAAUCUGUGGAUGAGGUGGAACAGACUGAAGUAGAUUCUCAGCUGGAAGAUGGCAAACAAAGCAAGAUCCCCAAUGGGACAGUCCCCAAUGGCACGUGUUCCCCUGAUUCUGGGCACCCCUCUUCCCAAAACUUCUCCAUCACAUCGGGGUUCUCGGAGCGCAGCUUCAGCAACGAGGACAGUGCCCUGGAAACCACCAAAUCCUCAUCCAGCUCCCAGGGAAAGGCUGCUGGCUCCGACCUGCCAGCCCCACCAGAUACAGAUGGUGUCCAGCAGGAGAAGCUGCAGGGCCAAGACAGCCUGGAAGGUGAAUUUUCCACUGGUGGAAGCGUGGACUUUGUCCCCGUGGGUGAGGGCUCGGCGGGGCUGCUGCGUGACAGUGACACUGUGGCUUUGACUGUGGUGGAGAGCUGGGCAGACAGUGAGGCUGAGAAGCAGAGCCUGGUGGAGAGUGAGGACAACCUCUCUGAGGAGCCAGAGAUGGAGAGUCUGUACCCACAGCUGGAGACUCUGACUGUGACUGAUCUGACCAGCAGUGAACCAGCUGCUCUCUCCUCCACGGGUGUCACCUACUCUCCAGAGCUGCUGGACAUGUACACGGUGAACCUGCACCGCAUCGAGAAGGAUGUGCAGCGCUGUGACCGCAACUACUGGUACUUCACCCCCGCCAACCUGGAGAAGCUCCGCAACGUCAUGUGCAGCUACAUCUGGCAGCACAUUGAGAUUGGCUACGUACAGGGCAUGUGUGACCUGCUGGCCCCUCUCCUGGUCAUCCUGGAUGAUGAGGCUCUGGCUUUCAGCUGCUUCACUGAGCUGAUGAAGAGGAUGAACCAGAACUUCCCCCACGGAGGAGCCAUGGACACCCACUUUGCCAACAUGAGGUCGCUGAUCCAGAUUCUGGACUCUGAGCUCUUUGAGCUGAUGCACCAGAAUGGGGAUUACACUCAUUUCUACUUCUGCUACAGAUGGUUUCUCCUGGACUUCAAGAGAGAGCUGGUGUAUGAUGAUGUCUUUGCUGUCUGGGAGACCAUCUGGGCUGCUGCUCACGUCUCCUCUGCUCACUACGUGCUCUUCAUAGCCCUGGCCCUGGUGGAGAUGUACCGGGACAUCAUCCUGGAGAACAACAUGGAUUUUACAGACAUCAUCAAGUUUUUCAAUGAAAUGGCCGAGCGCCACAACACCAAGCAGAUCCUGAAGCUGGCUCGGGACCUGGUCUAUAAAGUGCAGACUCUGAUUGAGAACAAAUGAAGGACCCGGGGCAGACGAGGCACCCAAAGAGCCAGGACUCCCCUCCGAUGCUUCCUCCCUUCUCCUGUCUCUCCAAGUGCCACACCUGUGGGACUCAGGUGGUGGGACACGUGCUGCUAUGUGAGCUGGGAGUCCCCUGGGCUCAGCACAGGCCCAGGCUCAGACCUUCUGCAGUGACUCAACCAAAGAUCCCUCCAGGUGUGUUCCUGUGCCUGGAGCAGGACCAGGCAGUGACCUCCUGGCCUCGGAGCACCUGCCGUGGCCACCAAAACUCCCCAGGCAUUGCCACAUCCCAGGGUGGAGCUCGGGGGCUGGGGGAGCAGAGCUUGGUGGCACAGAGGGAAAGCUGAUUCCUUGGAAAGCUGCUUCCUUGGGCAGCCCUUCCCUGUGGUGUGGGAAGGCAGCCAGUCCUGCGAGCCCAGGCAGCACAGGGAUGCUGCCAGUGCUCAGCUUCUCACCAACACAAUGAGGUUCUGCCAGUAAUGGGGGAGGGGGACUUUGAUCACAGAAAUUCCUCUUUUGAUCUUGUCCCUCAGUGCAUUACUUCCCCUUCAGUAUUUUCUUUUUUAGGGCUCUGUUUUCUCCCUGGGAUUUUACAUUGUUCCUACAGUAUCUGAGCACACAAGAGGUUCAUGUCUGGAUGGAUUUUCAGAACAGCUCCAAAUUCAGCAUUGGGGUGAUUUUUCAAAAUCCAGCCUCUGUAAUGUUCUCUGAACACUGGGAAAUCUGGUCCUGACCUCUUCUGGGAACUCCAGGCUGGAGGUUUUCUUACCUGCCUUACUUUAGCUGCUUGUGGUAGGAGUCUGGUCUCUUGUUGUCCCUCUGAGCUCUUGUGAGGGAAGGGCUCCUCAGAAGGCAAGUCAGAGCUCCUGAUUAUCCUGACUUUCCCUCUGACAGGUUCAGGGCUGGCUGUUGAGUCUCCUAAACCCACUGAGCAACUCCAGUUAGGUCUUGGUGGGCUUUUCCCAUAGGCCUGUGAGAGGAAAAUAGCCCAAGGUCCCUGAGUGGGCUUUGCUUUGGGAAGAUGCCCUUGUGUGGCCACUUUUCCUGCACAGCCUGGAGCCCACUGCAUGAAGUGCCUCUCCAGCUGCUGUGUCCCACACAGGCUGCCCUGCAGAGGCUUCGGAGUCAUUUUUCAACUCAGGUAAAAACAAUACAGGAAAAGGAGAGGGGUGGGUGGAUGGAGGGUCCAGCCCAGCCAGGGAGGGCAGUGCUGGGGGUGCUGGGCUGGAGCUCUCUCUGAGGGUACUUUCUCUCAAGUUUUGCUGCAAACAUUUGUGUUCCUCCUGGUGCAAUGUGUGCUGUGUGUGUGCUCUCCUCUGGCCCUGCUCCUGCCUUGCUGCUGGAGUGCACAGGAGGGAAAGGGACCCUUCCUCCUCCUGUGGAUCAUCUGUCUGUGCUGGUUUGUGUUGGCUCGUGGCACGUGUCAGAUGUUGCUGGCAGAAAAAAGGUGUUUGUCAGUCUGCACAGGAGAAAACUGCUGCUUCAGGGAAGGUCUGAGCAGCGUGGUGGAGUGGUUUGCUGUUUCUGAGCAAAUCAGCAAUUUCUGUAUUCUGGGACAUAGAGGUCGCAGCUGGAAAAGGCAGUGGCACAUCCUAAAUCCUUUAGGGAAGGAGCUGGGGCAGGGGGAGAGCAAUGGGCAGCCCUUCACUCCUCAUAAUCCCAACAAAUGUGUACAACCAUCUGGGAAACUCCCUGAAGCAGUAAAACCCCAAAGGGUGCUGGGCUGCAGUAGCACAGGAAACAAAGAGCUUGAGAUCUGCCAGUUCCUGUGAGAAUCUUUCAUCUUUCCAUCAAGCAGAGUGAAAAGCUCGUGUCCUCCCUCCUUCCAGGCUGCUCCUGUUCCCUCAGGGCUCUAGGACAGAUCUGUCACCUGUCUAGAGGGAAAGGGAAGUGUCUGUUCUCCCCUUCCUGAGGGCCAGGGUCACCUUAAACACCACCUGACCAAGCAACAUUGCUGACACUAAACCUUUCAAGCUUCUUUCCUUGGUUUUUAAACGAAAACAGCCAAGAAAUUCUGCACAAUAUUUGCUGUCUGUAUUAACUGAGAGUGUCUUUGGGCCGCUCAAUAGCAGUGUUUUUUUGAAUAAUUUCUUGGGGAGGGGGGGAAAGUAUUUAUUUAUUGAUUGUACCUGACUGUGUGUCCUUGUGUGCUGGCGUGUGAGUGCGCGCUGUUGUGCAAAUGGAGAUAGAAAUUUUCAAUGUUAUUUACAAUAUCUUGUAAAUGUUUACCAGAGAAUUGUGUCUAUAUAUAAUAUAUAUACAGUAUAGAGAGAAAAUAUGUCAACUAAGUGGGUUAUUUUUUGAGGGGGGGGUGGGGUGAGAAAUCUUUUGCUUCUAAGAACUGUGUGGUUUCUAUAGCACCUAUUCCAUGAUGUGCCAAUCUGUCACUGUCCCUGUGCUGGGAAAGUUGUUCUGGUGGGGCAACAGGAAGCUCAGAGCAGAGUCACCAUCACAGCCUCAGUUUGGUUUCGUCUUGGUUCUGGCUUUAAGACUGGACAAGAGGGAAAAAAAAAAAAGGAGGAAAAAAUAAUAUCAAAAAGCUUUGUUUCAGCUGUGUUGCUGGGCAAGUUCUUGUGCUUGUGGGGACCCACAGUGAGACCCCACAAGGAGCUUGGGGCUCUCUUUAAUGCUUAAAAGCUGCUAAGAAGCUGAAAAGAAAAGGUUUUGCUUUUUGUGCAGCUGUUUGUGGGUCUUCUCUGGGCUCAGCCUCUCCUGCCUGGCUCUGCCCCCCUGCUGGAUCCCCAUGAGAUAAAGCCUUGUUCUGGAAUUCUGACAGGGGCAAUUGUGGUGCUGGAAGCCAGCAGGGAUCUCUCCCAGCUGGGCAGCCCAGGCUGGCCUGUUUGCCACGCAGGAGAGGCCUGUCACCAGGCUUGUCCAUAUACAGUAAUCUUGUCUGGCCCCUUGGGGAAGAGGAAUGUCUCAUCCCAGCAGCUCUGUGCAGCUGGAAUCCCCCCCACAAUGGCACUGCCAGCCCAGGACUAUUUUAGCCUGUUGGCUCUGUGGGAACAGGGACUGGAGCUCUGUGCCUUAAACUGACAGAGGGCAGGGUUAGAUUGGAUUUUAGGGAGAAAUUCUGCACUCUAAGGCACUGGCACACCCUGGAUCCCUGGAAGUGUCCCAAGCCAGGUUGGACAGGGCUUGGAGCAACCUGGGAUAGUGGAAGGUGUCCCUGCCCAUGGCAUGGGAGAGCAGGGUGAUCUCUAAGUUUCCUUCCAACUCCAAGCAUUCCAUAACUCCACACCUUCUGAGGAGAUUGCUGCAAGGGUGGCAUGAGCUGCCAGCCCAUGUUCCCUGCCUCAGUCACUCCAAGCUGAGCCUGAGGAAGGAAGGAAGGAAGGAUGGACUCCAUGGGCUGAGUUCAGCUCCCAUCACACCCUCACUGAGCACCCACAUUGCUGUGGGGUUUGUGCUGAGCUCAGGUAAUCUCAGUGUGUGUAAAUUCACUGUGUUUGUGUCCUGGCCCUGUGUUCCCCUGAGGGAGUGACAAAUGGAUUCUCUUCCUGCAUUUGAGCUUUCUGCUCAUGCAACCUUCCAACGAGCUCCUGGUACCCAUCUCUUUUGGUGUCACCUGUGCAGACCCUUUCAAAGUUGUGUUUGUUCCUAAAUGUGUGAUUUUUAUAGGAGUUUUUUCUCUUGCUGUGUUGAGUCUCUGAAUUGAUUUGCUGUGAAUGUUUUUCAUGAAGACUGAGAGGGUAUUUUUUUUUUUUUUGUGUGUGUGGGAACUUCCUGCUGUGUCCCUGUCCUGCUCUCAUCUGGCCCCUGGCAUGGGGAGCAUCCCUUAACUCAUCCAAAUGCACCUGGUAGUGCAAUGUGAGCCAGCAGUGGAACUGCAGGUGUCAGCCCUUGUCACUGACAGGUGAAAAAAAGGCUGAGAGAUGGAGUUAUUGAAGAGAUGGGUCCCAAAAUCCCUGGAGACACAGGUCUUGUGGCCAAGAGUGGUUUAUGGGAUGAAGUUCUUCUUAUUCUUUGUUUUUUAUUUAUUUAUUACUUAUUUUUCCUCUCUUUCCUGAAUUUUCCUGAGAUUGGUCCCCUGCACUGGGAGCCACAGUAGCCAAUGGGCCUCUGACCAGGGUUGGAACCAGUUUUGGGGUUCUCAUCCCCUAAAUUUGCUUUUGAAAUAUCUUACAAUAUCUAAAUCCCUUUUCUCUAGAGGCACAGUGGGAGCCUCUGAGCCUUUGAUCAGUAGGACCAAAAUGAUGGUCAUGUCAUCAAAACCUCUGUCUUAUUUCUCAUUCCAUUUGGGAAUUUCCCUGAGUACUGAGCAGUUCUGGGCUUGUCUUCAGCAUUUUACUAUUGUGUGAGCACAAAUUGAUAGAGCACAAUGUAGAGAUGGAGUUCCAGCCCUUCCUAGCACUAUGGAAGGGUUGGAACUCACCAGAACCCAUGUCAGAAAUUCCUGUAAAAGCUUUUUCAGAUGCCCUGAAGUAGAUCAAAUGCCACUGAUUGUUCCUGCUUUUCCACUCAGGGUUAGCAUCUUCAUUGCCCUGAAUAAGCAAUAUUUCACUGAUUAAGGCAUCUAAACAGUUGUGGUUCUUGGUGUGACCACAUUUCUGUCCUCUUGUGGCCACAUGGGCCGUGGCUGAGGCCAUUUGGUGCCACAGCCACACGUUCACACAGCUCAAUGUGUAGAUUCCUUCCCAACUUUGCCCAAAUCCUGAACUUCCUGGAGAAUGUACGCAGCUGGAAUAGCCAUGGAAGUCUUUUAAUGUGUCUAAUCUAAUCUAAUUUAAUUUUGGAUCGGUGAUAAGCAUAUUCCACCUUAAAUUCCUGCUCAGUAGUUUAAUAGCUUCCUUUUAUAGAUGGGUUUUGCACAUGGAGGCUGAGCAGAGCCCAUGGAUGGUGCUGCAGGGGGGACAGUCCCUUCUCCACGUUGGCUCCUGAGCCAUCAGCAGUGGGACAUGACUGGGAGCAAGGGCACUUUGCAUCAGUGCUUUAAUGAGGGGGGGAAAGCACCAUUUAUCCUCUCUUUUUAAAAUUUAUUUUUUAACAAACUAAUGCUAAAGAUAAAACUAUGCACAAGAUCUUAAAUACGUGGAAGUUUUAGGAAUGAGUAUGGCUUUGCUGCUAAGGACAAUAAAGAAUUGAAAAUCCUGAUCCUGGAUACCGAGAGACUAAAAAUGUCAUUGUUGUGACUAUGUAAGAUUGACUUAAAUUCUCAGAAAUUCAUUCUCUCUGGAGAGUAAUUCCCAGAAGCCAGGGAAGAAAUUGUUUUCCCAAACAGAAUUAAUGAAAAGCUUUGAAAAUGCAACGUGGAUGUAACCUCAGACCCACAAUUGUCACUUCCUUGUUCAAGGAGUGUUCUGGAGAGCCGGGCAGGGCAGCAGGGUGUGACAGCCAUCGUGGGGGCUCUGUGGGGCAGGGAAUUCCCCCUCAGCACAGGGAUUUGAAUGUAUCUGGUGUCCUGGCAUUAGACUUUUCUGUUGCCCUACACAGAAUUGCUGCUUUUCUCUGUUGGAUGCCAUUUUGGUCUCUGGGAGUUGCUCGAUCUGAGCUUAAUGAGCACUUACAGCUUUUAAUCUAUUUGUAGAAGUGCUGCUAAUGUUCUUAGAUUAUCUGAAUUCCACACUGUGGUAUAAUAUCUGUUUUAUAUUAUUUUAUUCAUGCUUUUGGUUUUUUUUUAAAAUGUAAAUGUUCCUUAUUGUUGUUGAGAAAGAAAAAUUAAAGCUCUAUUCUCUAUGGUUAAUGUAUUUUCAAAUCAA